AGGAAAUCUUAAAUGUCUGCUGGGUUGACCACGGAGAUCCGAGUGUCUGCUGAGCUAACCGCAGUGAAAUCUUAGGAAGAAAGACUAUACGUUAUUUUACCUCUUCUCCUGAAGCGUGUUGGAUCUGUAGUGUUAUUUUUGUCGUCUGACAUAAGUGCCCUGUGUGUCCGUUGAGAUAAAAUGUUUGCUUUAGGCCACACUGACGUUUAAAUACGAUAUUUUCAGGCCAGUUGAAGGUUUAAACUUCUCUCCGGACCGUUCAUUCCUGGUAGACAGUAUUGUAAAUAUUAUAAAAUACUACUGGAGAUCCAACCCUUGGGCACAUAAGUAAUUUAGUGUAGACAUAAUAAGAUGUGCAGUUUAGCUAAAGAAGAAAUAUAAGACAACACUAUUUCUUUGAAGGAUGUUGUUUACCGGUGCGGGGCGGCUCUACGUAACCUACGUCAUUUCCGAUUCCUCAACCCUCGCCAUACAAACAUCGUAACGGUAAAGAUGACGAUGUUGUUCUCAUUUCUGGAUGUCGUACGCUAACGUUACAUAGGCAAAGCGAUGUUCUUACAGUUAUCCAUCGGAUGAGGAGUUUACCAUACUGAUUUCACGUAACUUAAGCCGAAUAGCCGGGCACUAUGGCGGAACCGUGGGAUUUUGAGUUUUUGUCCCGCAUCGGUGACAGCUGCCUGUCGUUCCUAUCCGAAUUUGUUGACGACUGGCUCGCCAACGAUAUGAGAGUUUCCAUAUUUAAAAUAUUACUCGGCUGGUUAAUUUUAAGUCUGGUCGCAAUUCACUUUGCAUGGAAAAUCUACGGGAAUACAGUCAACGAUAUGUAUUAUCGACAAGGGACUGGACAGAACGGAGGCACACCUGACACAGCACCCCACCUGAGUGGAUGGGAAAGCAAAGCAGGAGAUGCCCCGAAGACUCAUCGAGAUUAACAGGACAAUGGUGUUGGACUUUUGACUUUAUCCAAGUGAGAGCCUGACUCUAGUGAUGAGACAGUUCGCUGAUAAUAAGGCUUCUUCAGUGCAUUCAUGGACGCACUCUCCGGCAAAUGCAUAGAAAAACAUCUGUUAUGCAAACCAGCUGUGUGACACUGAUCCACUGUAUCAACCACAUAGUGCUGUGAGAUAUUUAUUUUGGCUUGUCAACAUUGGAAGAAGAACCUUACUCUGAAUACUUAAAUUGAUCUGCUUGUAUAUUUAUACACCGUUCUACAAAUGUUGAUGGGUUUGUGUGUAAAUUAAGGGUGCUGUGAUCAUAGCGGAGUAAGCAGACAUAACAUUUUCCAUUCUGACUGUGAGCAAAAUACUUGAUCUGAAUGAUGUAUGGAAGGAACAAUAGACUGUAUGCUUCAAGUCUGUUGGAAUACAGAGCCACAAAAAGCAGGUUUACAUCUUCAAUGAUUUUUGCAUGACAUGUUAACCACCGGGUUUCUCAUAACAUGCAAGGAGCAUUGUGUGAGCUUAAUGGAUAGAUAUAUUGGGCCUGAUUUGAGUGUUCACCCUCUCUGGCCCUUGGAUUUUUUUCUAGCUUUUCUCACAGUGAAGUUUUGUGUUGAAGUGAAAACAAAUCCCUACGAAUUUGAUCAAAAUUAGGUUUAAAUAAACCUACACUAGCAAAUUCACCCUGUUUAUGACACACUUGAAGAGCACACUUUGAAUGAAAAUCACCUGUGUGUAAUCAAGGUGUGACAGAUGAUGGAACAAUAUCUAUCGGAAAACUAUCAGCUGGUUAAUCUUGGCAAAAACUACACCAUGAAAACAAAGCAACAUCCUUAGGAAAUCUGUAACAAAGUAAAAAUUAGGAAAAUGAUACAAAAUAAUUGCACGGCAUAUUAAUGAGGGAGGCACUGUGGUGCAGUUAGCACUGUCACUGUUGUUGUUGAGAGUACAAACAUUUGUCUCACUUUACAUCUACAGGGGGGAAAACUUGCAUGAGAUCUGAGCUGUAGCACAAAUUACCAGUAACCCACCAUGAAGCUGUGCAGCAGGACCUAGUGGCUUUUGAUGAUGGGGGGUAAAAGCUGGAGGAAAAGCUGCUACAUUAAGCAAGAAAACUAAGCUAAAAAUGGCUUUAGAAUAACAAUUGAAAUGUCCUGUGGUGGUUAAUUCAGUGUCCACACCUCAGGCUGUUCAUCCUGUCAGUCAAAGGUGCUUGAGCAGUUUUGCAAAGAAUGGGGGGGAGGAUGCAAUAUUGAGAUUUGCAAAGCUAAAACCAACCUCUACAUAUUGGGUAGAUUCAAAGCUGUAAUUUCUGCUAAAGGUGCCUUUUUACUUGGGGGUUAAUCAUUUUUACAUAUUUGUGCUCUUCAAUUUGUUUCAUUUUGAUACUAGUUUUUCUGUUAAUGUGUCGAAAGCGUAGUUAAUAGUCAAAUAAAAUCAAAAAUAAUAAAAUAUGAAUAAGUCAAAGGGGCAUUGAAUUAUUAUGAAUUGUAUCUGACAAGUUACAACAAUUAUAAUGGCAAAGACAAGUUAGUAGUACAAGACAAUGUACUAGUGUGCAUUUACUGAAAUGUUCUGAUAUACAUAGUCCUGAAAUAAACCACAAAAUCGGAGACCAGCAGCAAAGAUAAUACAUGUUUUGUGUAAAUAGCUUGAUUGAUAUUAAAUUUGCUGUGUUUGAAACUAC